GUAAUCAUUGAUCUGACAUACAACAAGGAAGAGGCAGUACAUUUCGGAACGGAAUUAACUCCGACGAACGUCAAGGACCAACCGGCAGUUUCGUACGACGCUAAUCCAGAUACCUAUUACACUUUAUCUAUGGUCGAUCCAGACGCUCCGAGCAGAAAAGAUCCGAAAUUCAAAGAAGUCAAUCACUGGCUCGUGACGAACAUAUUAGGAAAAGAUAUUAAAACCGGAGAUGUGAUCACGGCUUACUUAGGUUCGGGACCACCGAACGGCACCGGUCUUCAUCGUUACGUCUUUCUGCUCUUCAAACAACCGAAGAAAUUGGAAUUCGACGAACCGAAGACCGAGGCUUUGUCCAGAGAGCACAGACUGAACUUCGACGUUAAAAAGUUCGCAAAGAAAUACAAUUUAGGCGAACCGGUCGCUAUAAAUUUCUUCAAAGCUCAAUGGGAUUCGUACGUUGACGAGCGUAACAAGAAAAUUAAAAAUAAGAAUUAAUAACACGAUUUAUCAAUGUCUGCAUUUUAUAACUUUGUAAAAGACACUGAAUUUGUUAUUAGGAAAGAGAUGAAAAAAAAAACAGUUCUAUUUUAAAUUUGAUUUAUAAACAGUUCAGUGCAAAGAUAAU